ACGGAAAGUGCCUAUGUGAUCUAAGCUAAGCGGAAGUCGGGCCUCUUUUCCCUGGCGCCUCCGAGGCGGUCAGCUGCUUCAAAAUGAAGCUGAAUAUCUCCUUCCCAGCCACUGGCUGCCAGAAACUCAUCGAAGUGGACGAUGAACGUAAACUUCGUACUUUCUAUGAGAAGCGUAUGGCCACAGAAGUUGCUGCCGACGCUCUGGGUGAAGAAUGGAAGGGUUAUGUGGUCCGGAUCAGUGGUGGGAAUGAUAAACAAGGUUUUCCUAUGAAGCAAGGUGUCUUGACCCAUGGCCGGGUCCGCCUGCUGCUGAGUAAGGGGCAUUCCUGUUACAGACCAAGGAGAACUGGAGAAAGAAAGCGCAAAUCAGUUCGGGGCUGCAUUGUCGAUGCCAAUUUGAGUGUUCUCAACUUGGUUAUUGUAAAAAAAGGAGAGAAAGAUAUUCCUGGAUUGACUGAUACCACGGUGCCUCGUCGCCUGGGUCCUAAAAGAGCCAGCAGAAUUCGUAAACUUUUCAACCUCUCUAAAGAAGAUGAUGUACGCCAGUAUGUUGUAAGAAAGCCCUUAAACAAAGAAGGUAAGAAACCUAGGACCAAAGCACCCAAGAUUCAGCGUCUGGUUACUCCACGUGUCCUGCAACACAAACGCCGGCGAAUUGCUCUGAAGAAACAGCGUACUAAGAAGAACAAAGAGGAGGCUGCAGAAUAUGCUAAACUCUUGGCCAAGAGAAUGAAGGAGGCCAAAGAAAAACGCCAGGAACAGAUUGCCAAGAGACGUAGGCUGUCUUCUCUGAGAGCGUCUACUUCUAAAUCUGAGUCCAGUCAAAAAUAAGGUUUAAUAACAACAAAUAAAUAAGAUUUUCAGAUCUCC